AUGUCCCGAGUAUAUAAACUCGAAGGAUAUAAUGCAAAAUUCAUCACUAGCCUAACCGCCGCUCAAUUGUCUUAUGGAGCGAGUGUUGAAAAGAGGCAUAUAGUGGGAGAUCUGAUGCAUUUACUCAACCCGUUUGGUCACUGCCAAAGCCCUCCCGUCCAAAGUGUUGGAGCCGUUGGAGACAAACCGAGUGUAUUGAAGGUAGACAUGGAUCAGGUAUUACAGGCCGACUGCGCCCACCCCUUGUCCCCCAACUAUAAGCAAACUUUGCGCCGAUUGGACGUCGAUUUGAGACAAUUCAUG